UUUUUAGCCAUCUUCUUGACACCUCCGCCGCUAUCCUUGUCUAAGCUAUCCGCCCGAGUCUAGAUUACCUGAAACGGCGUCUCCCGUCUACAUCGCCCGGCGCCAGCCCUGCACCGAGAUCUACGGCAGUCAAUCUGGACGAGCCUUUUAUUUUAGCACCGACCUUUUUCGAACACACCACACCAUCUUGGCUGUCAUGAAUCCGCACAUGCCGGAUGCCUUGCCCGGCAUGGUCCAGUACGGCGACCUGAAUCUGUCUCCCGGCACCACGCAAGCAAUGUCCCCGACGGGCGGUGUUGGUGUCAAACGGGAACACGGGAGGGAGUUCUUCACGUCCCCAUCCAGCCUUCAACAAUAUCAGCAUCUUCCGGACGAAUUUGCCGAACAGCAGAGUCAGGGCCAGGAGCACAGCCAAGCAGCCUCCAUGACCGCCGUCGCACCAACACAGCCUUACCCGCCAUCCUGCCAUAGCAUGUGGCCUCCUUCCCCCCCUCCCGGCUCUGCUGAGGAAUAUGAGCACUACUGCCUCCGAGCGUCUUCUGGCUGCGGCUAUAAUCCAUCCCCUCUCGAACCACGCGGUUGGGUACCGCCUACGCAGGUCGUCUGGAGUUCCCCUCUUGACCGGAGCCCCCUCCAACACCACAUGCAGCAACCGCAUCCAGACAACUGCCUUCGCGUCUGCACCUCCUCCCACGGAUUCAACGAGAUGGAGAUGGGGGAACCUCGAUACCCACAUGCAGACUUUUAUCCAGGCUUUCCGGAACAACCGUCCCCCGUAGCGGUAGACGAGUUGCUCUCUUCCACCACAACGUCCCCCAAGGAGCUCAACUCGCCAGCCAUGCCGUCUGGAGGGGAGCCCGUUAAACGCCACAAUACCAGGAGGCGUGGCUUGGGAGGCAGUCUGGCGAGCCCGGAACUUGAACCUGCCCACUCCCCGAGCGGUUCAACGUCCAGUCCGCGAGGACAUGCGCAGAAGAACGACGAGCCUUAUGCCCAACUCAUCUACCGCGCCUUCAUGAGCGUCCCGGAUCACUCCAUGACACUACAGGAGCUUUACGAAUGGUUCGAGCGCAAUACGACCAAGGCCAAGGGAGGCGGGAAGGGCUGGCAGAACAGCAUUCGGCAUAACCUCAGCAUGAACAAGGCGUUUGUGAAGAGGGAGAGGCCAACGUCGACGAACAUCGACUCGACGGUGGAGAACCCUCCAACUGCCACCAGCGAGAAGCGCAUAUCCGAAUGGGUACUGACAGACUGGGCCGUCCGGGAAGGAGUGUACAGCACCACGAGAUACCGCCCCAAGCACCACAACCACAGCACCGAGCUUGGACACACCCGGCGCGGACGCACCAGCCCUCCGCGUUCUCACCACGUCACCUAUCAUCCCCAUCCCCAGCACCCACACCAGCUCAUUCCCGGCCGUGCCAUGUCGGGUCGCAAGGGAGGAUGCGCCACCAGCAAAUCCAGGCAGCCCCGGCUCAGCCCCGGCAGCCCAUCGACCGGCGAGAGUACCAGCAACAACACCCUCACGGUGACGACGGGCCCACAGAUGCCCACAAUCCCCCUCGAAUCGAUGGGCAUGGAACCAAUGGAGAUGGACCCCGGUCUGUCGUCGAUGCACCAGAUCCACUACUACGACAGACCACCGGCACUGUACGAGCAAGGAUACCCUCAUCACCACCAACACCAUGACCAACCUCACCCCCCCACUCCCGGCGUCGUGCCGGACAACCGCCUCCCGACACCGGUGACGCCCGUGACGCCAGAGGCGCCUCCGACAGAAAUGGACAUGGCCCUCGCGCUAUCGGAUGCUCAUGCGGGCAUGAUGGCCGGUAGUGCCGCCGCGCAGCUUCCCCAUCACCAUGAGCAGCAGCAGCAGCAUCCCCAAGCGAUUUCACAUCAUCCUAUGUACGAUUUUGCCCCGUUCAGCUUGACGGACGUUGUGGGCCUUUAUCCCGCGGGCCAACUGUUUGAGCACGACGGGAAUAUGCUAUAUCCCUGGCAUGAUGGGAAUCACAACGGCAAUCCAGGCGAUAACGGUGGAACUCCUAUGUGAAGGAAACCCGUAUUUCUCAUCUCACCAGGAUAUCUACUUGUCUUA